GCAGAGGGCCAUGCGGGGGAUGAAGGCGAAGUGAAGAGAGCAGGAGUAGCAGCAGCGGCGGGUGGUGGUCGAUGUUGCGGCAGGUGAAGAUGCUCCACAAUGCGUGAGGAUCGAGUGGUGCGAGGGGGAAUGUGGAAGAGAAGGCGAUGUGUGUGUUAGAAGGGCGGAGGAGGAAGAAGAAGGUCCCACGGGUGGUGGUCCGAUGCAAUGGGCCAGUGCUAUGGCAAGCACGGCGACGAAGGCGACGGGGAGGAUUCCUCGGAGGAGCGUCACAAGGUGCAGGUUACUAGGACGCCGAAGCAUGGAUCGUGGAACAAUGGCAAUCCGGGGAGCUCUCACAAUGGCGGAGCAUCGCCGAUGCGAGCCAGGACCUCCUUCGGCAGCAGCCAUCCGUCCCCUCGGCAUCCCUCCGGUAGUCCACUCCCUCACUACGCGAGCUCUCCCGCGCCCUCGACCCCGGGGCGGAGUACAUUCAAGAAGCCUUUCCCUCCUCCUUCUCCCGCGAAACACAUUCAGUCGAGCCUCGUGAAACGGCAUGGUGCGAAGCCGAAAGAGGGAGGGGUGAUCCCGGCGGAGGUUGCGGAUGGCGAGACGUCUUUGGAUAAGCAUUUCCACUUUCCGAAGAACUUCAAUUCCAAGUAUGAGCUGGGACACGAAGUCGGUCGCGGGCACUUUGGUCAUACUUGUUAUGCGAAAAUGCGGAAGGGCGAGCAUAAGGGGCAAGCCGUGGCAGUGAAGAUAAUCUCGAAAGCGAAAAUGACGACCGCAAUUGCCAUAGAAGACGUGCGCCGAGAAGUGAGGAUUUUGAAGGCUCUGACUGGACAUCAUAAUUUGGUGCGGUUCUACGAUGCUUGCGAAGACAAUGUGAACGUAUACAUUGUGAUGGAAUUGUGUGAAGGAGGUGAACUGUUGGAUCGCAUCUUAUCUCGGGGAGGAAAGUAUUCAGAGGAAGAUGCCAAGAUUGUCCUGCGGCAGAUUUUGAGCGUUGUUGCAUUCUGUCACCUGCAAGGUGUUGUGCACCGGGAUCUUAAGCCCGAGAACUUUCUGUUCACCACAAAGGAUGAACACGCUCAGCUAAAGGCUAUUGACUUUGGAUUAUCAGAUUUCAUUAAACCCGAUGAAAGACUGAACGAUAUUGUUGGCAGCGCAUACUAUGUUGCACCGGAGGUGCUGCACAGGUCAUAUUCUAUGGAAGCUGAUGUAUGGAGUGUUGGGGUAAUCACGUACAUCUUGUUAUGUGGUAGUCGGCCGUUUUGGGCGCGAACAGAGUCGGGCAUUUUUCGUGCGGUACUGAGGGCUGAUCCAAGCUUUGAAGAAGCUCCUUGGCCUUCGGUUUCUGCCGAAUCUAAGGAUUUUGUUAAGCGACUUCUUAAUAAGGAUAUGCGAAAACGCAUGACUGCCGCACAAGCCUUAACUCAUCCGUGGAUUCGAAGCAGUAGUGUGAAGAUACCUCUGGAUACCUUAGUGUACAGACUUGUGCGAAAUUAUCUUCGCGGAACAUCCAUGAGGAAGGCCGCUUUGAAGGCACUGUCGAAGACCUUGACUGAAGAUGAAACUUUUUUUCUACAUACUCAAUUUAUGCUUCUGGAACCGAAUAAAAGUGGACGUGUCACUUUUGAGAAUUUCAGACAGGCAUUGUUAAAAAACUCUACAGAGGCAAUGAAAGAAUCACGGGUUUUUGAAGUUUUGAUUUCGAUGGAUGGUCUUAACUUCAAAAAAAUGGAUUUUUCAGAAUUUUGUGCAGCAGCCAUUAGUGUGCACCAUUUAGAAGCGACAGACCGAUGGGAUCAACGUGCUCGAGCUGCGUAUGAUAUAUUUGAGAAAGAGGGUAAUCGCGUCAUAAACUACGACGAACUCGCAAAAGAGAUGAAAUUACCACCAACUGUACCGGCGCAGCUGUUCCUAGAUUGGAUUAGACAGUCUGAUGGUCGGUUGAGUUUCACUGGGUUCACCAAGCUGCUUCAUGGAAUAUCCAGCCGUGCAAUCAGGAACUAUCAGCAUUGAUUCUUUGUGGCGUACGAUUUGCAAUACAGUUUUUUAACUCUUUGUCACACUUCCGUACAUAACUGCUGCUUCGACUCUGCUUCGAGAUGACAGGCUUCUCUUUUGCUUGAGUUUGCCUAAGCAUAUGCACGAUUUACAUUUUUGCGGAAGUGAUCUGCCCAGUUUCUUAGGAUGAAGUACUUAUGCAGAAAAUCAGUCCCUCUGAAACAGCGAAAGGAAUGGCAAAAUAUUCUCAUAAGAAAUCUCACCUCAAAUUCAGGAACAUCCCAGCACAUACUAAGUGCCUUCCUUGAAAUUGAGGUACUGGGAUGAUGUUCUUAGGAGAGGAUCCACGAGAUAGUGAGUAGAAUGUGUAUUGUCGCACAUCAUUCAGCGAUCGUUAGAUGCAGUUCUACUCACCAUAAUGCCCAACUGAAGGCAGCUACGAUUGGCCUGGAAUCUUCCUACCUCCCGCAGUGUAUCACUUGAGAUUUUCAAUCAUUGUGCAUGGUUUCGAUUCCUAUCU